AUGGAGUUUGACUCGUACCAGCACUACUUCUACGACCACGACGCCCAGGAGGAUUUCCACCGCUCGACAGCACCCAGCGAAGACAUUUGGAAGAAGUUCGAGCUGGUACCCACGCCCCCGCUGUGCCCACUGGGGACCCCCGGGGAGAAGAGCUGCUGCUCAGGAGCUGAGGAGCGCUCAGGCUGGUUCUCCCGCUACUGCCUGGCCGGGGAAGAGCCGGAAUAUUUGAUCGGAACGGGGCAGAUCUUCGGGAACCUGAGCGCUUUCAUCCUUAAGGAUUGCAUGUGGAGUGGGUUUUCAGCCCGGGAAAGACUUGAGAAGGCGAUGACGGAGAAACUUUCCACGGGCACUCAAAGGGCCACCCCCCACAAACCUUCCUUCGCGCAGGAUUUGGGGUUCAGCAGCUCGGUCAGCGAGUGCGUGGAUCCCGCUGCCAUCUUCCUCUGCCCGCUGGCAGAGAGCAAGAUCCCCGCGUCCUCGGGCUCCGAGGGCCAAAGCGAUUCUGAAGGCGAGGAGAUUGAUGUGGUGACGGUGGAGAAGAGACAAUCCCUCAGCCUGAGGAAGCCAGUCACCAUCACGCUGCGUGCCGACCCCCUGGACCCCUGCAUGAAACGCUUCCACAUCUCCGUCCACCAGCAGCAGCACAACUACGCUGCCCGCUCGCCGUCGGACGCCUGCCCCCCACCGGAGCCACCCCAGCAGGACGAGGACGAGAGCCUCUCCGAGCCGCAGAGCGCCGCGGAGCCAGCCCCUGCCCUCACUCUGCCCGAGCCUGGCUUGCCCAAAGCCGGCAGCAGCCCCGGCUCCGACAGCGAGGACGUGGCCAAGAGGAAAAACCACAACUACCUGGAGCGCAAGCGGCGCAACGACCUCCGCUCACGCUUCCUGGCCCUGCGGGACCAGGUGCCCGGUCUGGCCAGCUGCCCCAAGACACCCAAAGUGGUGAUCCUGAGCAAAUCCUCCGAGUACCUGCAGUCGCUCAUCAGCGCCGAGAGGAGGAUGGCGGCUGAGAAGCGGCAGCUGCGGCUGCAGCAGACCCAGCUGCUCAAACGGAUUGCUCACCUCAAGGGGCAUUAG